AAAACGGUGAAAUAAUGACGAUUAAAACCCCAAAGUCUCUGGCUUGGUUUCCACUCCAAGGGUAAAAUACAAAACAAAAUCAACGAAACUGCCGUACACCGUUGACAAUAAACAAAGGAAAAGUGUACAUUAAAGAAGAAGAAGAAGAAGCUUCAUUGUACGCGUCACCUACGCGAACGAGGUGGAGACACGUGUCCUUCCUACCACUUUCCUUUUGAAAAACCUCUCUCUCUUUCCUCUAAACUCUUUUGACCCUUGUUUCGCGAGCUGUUUUGUACGCCAUUAGAUUGAACCCUAAAAACUCUAUUAUUGGAUUGGAUCAUCAUCGUUAAAGCUCCACGCCUUGUCCCAAUUUCCUCUUUGGUUCUUUCCUUCUGGUAAGAAUCCGCUCUCUUUCUCUCUUUCUUUUUUCUUCAUAUGGUACGUCAUCGGCGACAUCAAUUGGCUCGAUUUGAUUCACCUGUAGCUAUCAAUCAAUCCCUGAUCUGUUUAGGUUUGAUCUCCUCUGUUUUUUCCUAGGGCUUGUUAUUGUUGUUUCUCGAAAAAGAAGAAGAAGCGAUGGUAUUGGGAUUUUAGGGAUUAUUGCGGUUUGUUGUAUAUAUAUAUAUAGAAGCUGAGGGAUUUUGUGUUGUGAAGAACAUCGAAUCCUGUUUUUUUCCGUAAGAAAGUUCUUAGAUUUCUCCAAGUGAAAGAAGAUGUCAUCAGCUGGUGUUGCGUUAAGUCCGGUUCGUAGCGAGCCAUUGAUUAUGCCUCUGGUUCGUGCCAAUUCUUGUCUUGAUUCUUAUCCUGACGACACCAUCAUGAUUUACCUUACACUUCCUGGAUCGGUGAUACCAAUGCGAGUGCUUGAGUCUGAUUCCAUUGAGUCUGUUAAGCUUCGGAUUCAGUCUUACCGCGGCUUUGUUGUGAGGAAUCAGAAGCUUGUUUUCGGUGGUCGAGAGCUAGCUAGAAGCAAUUCUAAUAUGCGUGAUUAUGGUGUUAGUGAAGGCAACAUUCUCCACUUGGUUCUUAAGCUCUCUGAUCUUCAGGUUCUUGAUGUUAAGACUACCUGUGGGAAACACUGCAGGUUUCAUGUCGAGAGAGGGAGAAACAUUGGGUAUGUGAAGAAGCAGAUUUCGAAAAAGCGUGGAGACUUUGUUGAUCCUGAUGAACAGGAGAUUCUUUACGAAGGUGAGAAGUUGGAAGACCAGAGUCUUAUUAAUGACAUUUGUAGAAACGAUGACUCGGUUUUGCAUCUGCUUGUGCGGAGAUCUGCUAAAGUUCGAGUUAAGCCGGUGGAGAAGAACUUUGAGUUGUCUAUUGUUGCCCCACAAGCAAAAGAUAAGAAGGGUCGUGAAGCUAAGAGCAUUGUGCCACCAAAAAAGCUUUCUUUGGAGCCGGUAGUUGUUAACUCCAAGGCUAAAGUACCUCUGGUGGUUAAAGAUAUGAUUCAGUCUGCUUCUGAUGGACUUAAAAGUGGGAAUUCUCCGGUCAGGUCAAGCGAAGGUACGGGAGGAGCUUAUUUCAUGCAGGGUCCAUCUGGCAACAAAUUUGUGGGUGUGUUUAAGCCAAUAGAUGAGGAACCAAUGGCUGAGAACAAUCCUCAGGGUUUACCACUUUCGCCAAACGGUGAAGGUUUGAAGAAAGGAACAAAGGUUGGAGAAGGUGCAUUAAGGGAAGUCGCUGCAUACAUUUUGGAUCAUCCCAAAAGUGGAAACAAAUCUAUGUUUGGUGAAGAGAUAGGUUUUGCUGGUGUACCUCCCACAGCUAUGAUUGAAUGUUUGCAUCCAGGGUUUAACCAUCCCAAAGGAAUCAAAACCAAGAUUGGAUCACUUCAGAUGUUUACUGAGAACGAUGGCAGCUGUGAAGAUAUGGGUCCACUUUCAUUUCCAGUAGAAGAAGUUCAUAAGAUUUCUGUGUUGGAUAUUAGACUGGCCAACGCAGACAGACAUGGUGGGAACAUUUUGAUGACCAAGGACGAAAGCGGGAAGCUCGUUUUGGUUCCUAUAGACCAUGGAUACUGCUUGCCUGAAAGCUUUGAAGAUUGCACGUUUGAGUGGCUAUAUUGGCCACAAGCCCGGAAACCGUACUCUGCAGAGACCCAAGAGUACAUAAGAUCACUGGACGCAGAGGAAGAUAUUGAUCUACUAAAGUUUCAUGGAUGGAAAAUGCCGGCAGAGACGGCUCAAACGCUCAGAAUCUCAACGAUGCUACUGAAGAAAGGAGUGGAAAGAGGACUAACAGCAUUUGAGAUUGGAACCAUAAUGUGCAGAGAAACACUUAGCAAGAAGUCUCUGGUGGAGGAAAUGGUAGAGGAAGCUCAAGAAGCUGUGCUUCCAGGGACGAGCGAAGCUGCAUUCCUCGAAGCCCUAUCCGAUGUGAUGGAUUACCAUCUCGAUCACUCUCAGGAACACUAAAAAUGGUUCUUGUUUAAUUCAAAACUCUGGUAUAUACUCUUUGGUUUGCUUUUUAUAAACCUGUUGGCUUUUGUAUUUUUAAAACUUUUUCAUUUCUGUCAUUCUUUGGACAUGUUCAAGGUGUUUUGUUAACUUCACUCAGACAUAUUUCAUGGUAAUGACAAUUUAAGUGUUUACAAUAGUUUUCUCUCUUUGUAAGAUUUAGCUCUUCUCUACGAUAUACAUGUCUCUCUGUUAAUAAGCAAUGAA